AUGGAAUUCCCUCCCGGCCACCACUCUAACACUCAUCACCACCGAAGAAACGAUGAUGAAGAAGAGAGAAGAGAGAAUUACCCGCCACCAGACACUACCCCACCACCACCAUCUUUCCACCAACCACCACCUCCCUCCUCACACUACUAUCAAGAACCUCCACAACCACCAUCUUUCCACCAACCACCACCUCCCUCCUCACACUACUAUCAAGAAUCUCCACAACCACCAUCUUUCCACCAACCACCACCUCCCUCUUCACACUACUAUCAAGAACCUCCACAACCACCAAGACCAUAUUUUCAAGAAGCUACCUAUGCACCUUCACCACCACCUCCAUUUCAAGAAACUCAAGUCAUUCGCACAUCUCAUCACUAUCCACCACCACCAACACAGGUGAAUCAUGUUUCUCAUGAAAAAACUGAAACCCAUCAGUCUUUUAAGCCGCAUAUGCCAUCUUCCAUUCACCAGCAAACUCAUCAAUCUGGCUCUGCUUCUGGGCUUGACCUUUAUAAUAAACCUAGCUUCAAGGUUUACAGCAAAGCUGAACCUGAUUUUCACCUCACUAUUAGGGACGGAAGAGUGAUUCUUUCUCGGUCAAAUCCUUCUGAUGAAUUCCAAAACUGGUUUAAAGAUGAGAAGUACAGCACAAGAGUGAAGGAUUCGGAGGGAUGUCCUGCCUUUGCUUUGGUAAACAAGGCCACUGGUCAGGCCAUAAAGCAUUCCAUUGGAGAGGCAAACCCUGUGCAGCUGAUUCCAUACAAUCCAGAUGUUCUUGAUCAGUCUAUCCUAUGGACCCAAAGCAAGGACUUGGGUGAUGGUUUUAGAGCUGUAAGGAUGGUUAACAAUACCCACCUGAAUGUUGAUGCUUUUCAUGGUGAUAAGAAAUCUGGUGGGGUUCAUGAUGGUACCACUAUUGUGCUCUGGAAAUGGAACAAAGGUGAUAACCAACGAUGGAAGAUCAUUCCAGCUCAGUACUGAAAUUAUGUGUGAUGGCGUUGCCAUUUCUGGAAGCUAUAUUGUAUUUGCUGAACCUUGAAUAAAUUCUCGGGAGAAUUGGUUUUUGUUCGUUUUGAGAAUGUUUUGUGCUUUGCGUGCUUUUUGGUGUGAAAACUUUGUGGCAAACACUCUUUUAGCCCUGUCUCUAUGUAUGCUAUUAUUUAUUAUCGUUAAUAAUGCCAUGUUGUGUAAUCAAUCAAAACAUAUAUCACAGAAUUUGCACGGAUAAAACCUACUGCAUAUAUUACCAAACAGGUUUUUUGGUGUUGUA